AUGCAGGAGCUUGUGAAUCUGAGAAACGAACUCACAAGGCAACGCGAAGAGAAUGAUCGGCUAAGGGCCGAGCAAAGCACAGCACUUGAGCGAGUGCGGCAAGAGAGUGCAGCUCAAGUUGCGGAAGUGCGAGCACAGGCGCAUACGGCAGUGCAGCAGGCGACGGCUCAGAUGGGCACGAUGCCACAGUUGGUGAGCGACAUGGUCAAGUCGAACAAGGAACUGGUUGAGGCCAUGGCAAAGAAAGGAGGACCAAACGAGAAGCUCUGUUUGGUCGACACAAAGGGCCUGGGAAAGCCGACGACCUUCUCAGGUGAGAGUGAACAGUUCCUACCAUGGAGGCAUCGAAUGUCGAGCUACGUUUGUUCGAUCCACCAUGAUCUGCAAGAAGUUCUAGAGUGGCUCGAAGAGAGGGAGAAGCCAUUCUCCUCGGAGGAGUUGGACACAGCCUUUGGAGAAAAGGCGUUGGAGGCGGAUCGAGUUCCCAGACUGCAAGAAAAGUCGAGGGAGCUCGCGAACGCGCUCCAAAUGGUUACCUCGAAGGAACCAUUUACGAUCGUGUGCAAUUGCCAGAACAACGGGUUCGAGGCAUGGAGACGCCUUGCGAGGCGAUACGAUCCUGCGACUGCAAGCAGGAAGCGCACGAUGUUGAGAGCGAUUAUAUCGCCCCAGAAGCAGAAGCUGGAGAAUCUCCCUCAGGCCAUCGAAGAAUGGGCCGACGCUGUGCGCACUUACGAGAAGCGCAAGGACAGCACAGGGCGACGAACGACCCUGGCUGAUGAGAUAAAGAUGGCAGCACUGGAGGCAAUGUUGCCACAGGAGCUGGAGUCUCACAUCCAGUUGAACCAGAGCCGGUUCUCCACGUACGACGACGUGCUCGACGAGGUGACUCGCUUCAUCGAGUACAAGACAGGAAAGAGUCUGAAGGUGAUUUCUGCAGCCGCAGCCAGUGCGGCGAGCAAGGAUGAUCCUAUGGACCUGUCGUAUGUGGAGAAAGGCAAAGGAAAAGGAGCAAGCAAGGCAAAGGUUCGCAGCAGCAACGGGGCUCACCCAAAGGUCCAGGGCAACAAGGAGGAAAACCAAGCAGCAAAGGAGGAAGAGGGAGCCCCAAAGGAGGAAAGGACAAAGGAAAAGGUAAGAAAGGAAAAGGCAAAAAAGGGAAAAGGCAAGAAAGGUGGUAAGAACAAGAAACACGUAGGAAACAUAGAAGAAGGAGGAGAGAACACAGGAGAAGGAAACCAGGACGAGAACUGGCAGGAAGGAGAAGAGGAUGAAGGCUGGGAAGACGGAGACUGGGGAGAAACCUGGGAGGACGGUUGGGAGGAAGCAGAAACAAACAACCUCUACGUGGGAGCGUUAGAAAGAGAGAGCCCGAAGAGAGAGAAAGAGAAGAAGGAGAAAGAGUCGAAGCCAGACCCCGGCAGUCGUGGCUCAAGUAGGGAAGAGGGCUCCGGCCCGACCGUGCUUGGGGCCAUGGCGCCAAAGAACCCGAAAAGGAAGGUUCCUCCAAAGGAGGAAAAAGACGAGGAUGAAAAGGAGCUGGAAGCUCUGGAAGAGCAAAUGGACAGAGCAAGGGGUCAGUUCCAAGACCUGAAGGAAGAGACGUUCCCGCGGCGAGGACCUCCGGAGAGAGUGCGCGAGCCAAAGGCCGGAAAGAAAGAGGAGAAGAAGGAGGUGAGGUCUAAGGCUUUGGACACGGCACCCUGGAAGCGCGUUUCGCGCUACCGGGAGCCACCAGUGCCUGAGCCCAAGACCCCUCCAAAGGCGAAGCAAGAAAGGCCGAGAACACCGCCGAAGUCACCACCGCCUUCUAGGACCAAAAGUCCGCUUCUCAAGCCGAAGGUAGAGCCAAAGAGAACAGAGCCAAAGUCACCACCUUCGAAGCCAAAGGUAGAGCCGAAGAGAACAGAACCAAAGUCACCACCUUCGAAGCCUCCACCUAGAAGUGAAGAAGUGCAGCCAAGAAGCGAAGAGGUGGAGAGACAACUUGCUACCACAGCGCCGAAGUGGGGAGCCUCAAGGAGCCAAAGACCUGUGGCGAAGGCAAAGCCAAAGCUUCUAAGGAGUCCGGCGUCUUGGGCAGGAAUGCGCUUCAGGGAACGUGUGGCCCACCAAGAUGCCAUACGAGACAAGAAGCCCAGAGGCACCGUCGGGGAGUCCUUACUGAAGAAGCAAGGCGAGGCCUGCUCCACCUGCGUGUCGAGGCGACUAAAGUUCAGGAGCAAAGCGUCCCUUCUGCUGAAGAAGAGGAUGAAAGAGUACAAGGCAGCAGCUGCAAAAGCAGCGGGCUCCCACUACGCCAGGAAAGUUUUCGAAAGAGAAAAGCUUGUGAGGGCCGACAGGCCCAGCAAGGCUGAACUGAGGAGCGCAAAGGACGAAAGCGACUUCGAGGAUGACCCUCCAAGCGAGGGGCCCGAGGAACCCAAGAAGGAAGAAAAGAAGAAGCCACCAAAGCAGGAAGAAGGAACCGAAGGAGCAACCGCGAUCACGGCAAGCACCUCGAGCAGCAUGCAGAGGAUGCUGGCGUCGGGUCUUAUGGAGACCAACCGUGCGAACCUCGCGGUCUUGGACCAGAGGAUCGCGACAAAGAGAGAGAAGCUCGAGGGACGCGGCAGUGACCCAGAGCUGGAAGCCGAGAUCGCGAGCCUGGAAGACGAGCGGAAGCGCCUGAAAGAGGAGCGUGAGCGCCUCAGGGCGCAGCAAGCGGGCGUGAAGAAAAAGGAACCCGAACACCGCAGAGACCAGUCGGUGCACGACGUGCGCUACAAACGCCAAGUGGAAAAGGGAGACAGCCACUGGAAGGCUUGGCGUGCGGAAAAGGGACGAAGGAGAGCGCAAGAGCACAGACGCAGCGGUGUGGGCGAAAGAGCAAAGGAGAGGAUCGAGGCCGACAAGAAGUGGCACGCCCGGCACGACGUGAAAGUGAAAAAGGGCGACUUCCGCGAUAACCAGAAGGAAGAGGUCGACGGCAUCGACACGGAGGUUAUCCACAGCGAUGGGACGGAGGCCAAGCCCGAGCGGCGAAAGGACUACCGCCCUCUCACGAAAGCCGAAAGGACGAGCCACCGCGUGGAUGCCGACGACGAGGAGGAGCUCUACCGGAAGGAGCUCGAAAAGCAGGAAAGGCCGAAGGCGACCGGGCGCUACUCGGCGGACCCGUCGAUUGCGGCCGAGCAGAAGAAGAAGAGGAACCAAAAGAGAAACCAAAGGCGCAACAAGCUGAAGAGGAAGCUUGGAGGAGAAGACCCGGAGGACCCGGGCGAAGGAGGCGUGCGCCAAUCGGUGCACAGCUUCGAGACCGUGGAUGCUGCCAGCCUGGGCGCUUCGCCAGGCGUGGCUAGCGUCGAGGUCAACUUUGACACGGGAGCGGCCGUGACCGUUCUGCCUGAGAAGUACGUGACGCAGCCAAAGGACAACGGCGUCCGCUACAAGACGGCGUCAGGUGAGGCGCUGAAAGACCAAGGAAAAGCCGAGGUCACCGGCACUUUGUCGGGAGGCCGUGGGGCCACGAUCACCGGCCGAGGCGCCGGGGUCCACCGCAUACUCCUGUCAGGAGCACAGGCGUGCAAGACGCAUUUUGCGUUUCUGCACGGAACAGGAGGCUUGCUGGUCCCAAAAGGAACUGCUUUCGCUAAGGAGGCCGACGAGGCGUUGCGCCAGUUGGCUUGGAAGCACAAGGGUGUCGGAGCCAAGAUGCAAGUGAAGAACCGCAUCUACGUGUUUCCUCUGCAAGACGAGAAGAAAGGAGCUGAGAUGGUUGAGGAAGCGGCAAAAAGGAAAGCCGCCGGAAAGGCAACGCUCAAGGAAAAAGGAGGCACUGAAGACGACCGCUUUGCCGAGGAGCCGGAGGAAGACGACGUGAUGCCGCACCUGGUGGUUCGGUGCGACAAAACGCAGCGCACUUGGGCAACUUCGUUGCCCGAGAAAGGCACGCAUGCGUACAACGUCACGUGGUUGGCCAGCGUGAUACGCGAGGCCGGAUGGAAGAGGAUGUGCUUAUUCUCAGAUAAUGAACACGCCCUCCGUGCGCUCAAACUCAAGGCCUCCGAAGAAGUCCAAAAUGUAGUGUUCGACUUGAGAGAGAGUCCUACAAGUACGGAACACGAGAAUGCGCCAUCGAACGGCAUAGCCGAGGCCGCAGUGAGAGAGGUGAAGCGAAUGGUCCGAGCUAUCCUGUCGGAGCUGGAGACAAAGCUUAAGAUCGAGGUGGGCGUGGACCACCCAAUUCUCGCCUGGAUCGCAAGGCAUGCAGCGUUCUUGAUGACACGUUUUCGCAUUGGCGAAGACGGGAAGUCAGCUUACGAAAGGACGCUGGGCCGACCGUGGAGGCGACCUACCAUUGUCUUUGGCGAACAGGUGAUGUUCAAGCCAGUUGGUUCGAAACACAAGCGAGGAAGCCUAGAUGCAAGAGUUUGCAUGGGACGUUACGUCGGAACUGCGUCGAGGAACGCAGACUUGCUGAUCAUGACGUCCGAGGGUAUAUCCCGGGGCCACUCCUUGCACAGGAGGCCCGAGGAUGAGAAAUGGCCUGUUGAAGGUUUCGAAGUGCUACGCGGAUUGCCUUGGAGGAUGUCCGGUCCACAAGAGCGAGCGUCGCCCAACCGAGUCGGUAUGCCCGCUCUCGAAGGCGAACAACCCGCGCCACAACACCGAGACUUCAAGGCACGCAACCUGUGCGUCAUGAAGUCCGACAUUGAGCUGUACGGCUACACGCCUCAGUGUCCGGGAUGCGAUGCGCAGCUGAUGGGUCUCCCGCAGCGAGCGCGCAAUGACGAGUGCAGGAUGAGAGUGCAGAGAAGACUGCAAGAAACCGACGAGGGAAAAGAAAGAGUGAAAAGGGCCCAAGAGCGAGUUGAAAAGGACUACGGAAAGCGGGUCAAAAGAGACCAACCCGCGCUGGAAGGAAGACCUGCCCCCGACGCAAUGGAUGUUGCAGCAGAGGAAGCGGCAGGCGCACCUUUGUCCAGACCAAUGGAGGUCGAGGACCGCGCCGAGCCGAAACAGCGGAAGCGCGCCGUCGAGGACCUUUACCGGGAAGAGCCCAGCACGAGGGCUACCGAUGGUCCAGAUGUCGAGGUCAUUGGAGUACACGUGCAAGGGGGAGCAAGUGGCUCUGCAGGACCCGGCCUGGACCACUCACACCAACAAGCACGAGCAGAUGCAGAAAUGUACGACACAGCAACGGCGAAUCCGCCGCCAGCCAACGAGGAAGUGCGAAUGAACCUGAUUACGCGGAUGUUCGAACAAAAGGGGCUCAAGUGCAGCCCGACCGAAGCGAAGGCCAUAAACUCUAUGGUUCUACAGUUGGGAGGUAAUGGCAAUUCAGCUGUGCCCUGGAGCAUGGUGAAUGAAGGCAUUAUCUUGCCAAUGGACCAAGAGCCGCCGAUGUUCGCUCAGGCCGAGCAUUUGCGUUUCUUCGAAAAGCUGGAACAAGUGAAGCCAAAGCUUCUGGUGGGCAAGCUGCCCACUGGACCCUUCCAGUCAGUACAACGUGCUUUCGACAUGACCAACAAGAUUGGAGUCGAGACCAAACGCGGAAAUUUGAGGAAGGCCCGAUCUCAACUGGGGCUUUGCUUUGAGGCCUUCGAGGCACAGAAGGAAGCCGGAAACUACUUCCUCUAUGAGUGCCCAAGGGGAACUAAGUCCUGGGAGCAUGAACUUGCUCAAAGGAUGGGUUCGUACUUGGUUGAAGGCCCAAUGUGCAAGUGGAAAGUUGACGAAAGUGGAAAAAUGAUUGCAGGCCAAUCCGGCAAGAAGCGAACCCGCUGGAUUACUAAUUCGGCGACGGUUGCAACAGCGCUGGAAAAGCUAUGCAAGGGCAAUGCGAAGGUAUGGAACCGAACGCUAAGCUUCAAGGAGGGGAUCGUGACGGCCAAGGCCGAGUAUCCUCCGAAGCUUGAAAGAGCACUACUGGCAGGAGUGCGAGCACAACUGGUUCUGGAUGGAGAAAUGAAGGAGGUGGGCCAUGUGGGUGGACCUGACCCACACGAGGAGCCACCGCUCGAAGAGUAUCUCCAUGACACCUUACCCAAGGCAGGGCAGCUUCACGUAAGCGAGCCCGUCAUAGACGCAAACACAGGGGCACAACUUGAUGCCAGAAAGGUUGCGGAAGCAAGAGCGUCAGAACUUGCUUGGGUGAAAAAGCAAGGUGUGUACGAGAAAGUCGAAGAGAGCGUGUGUUGGGACGAAACAGGUCGUCCGCCCAUAACCUUGAAGUGGGUAGACCGCAACAAAGGGGAUGAUGUUCGGGAAAACUACCGCAGUCGUUUGGUAGUCCGCGAGGUCAAGUCACAGGGACAAGCGGCGUUGAUACCAGACUACGCGCUGUUUUCCUCAAUGCCACCUCUGGAAGGAUUGAAGAUCCUAUGCAGUCUGCUGACGACACUCAAGAGGUCAAAGGGCGGAAAGAAGCUCACGCUGAAGCUGACAGACAUAUCACGUGCACACUUCUAUGGAAAAGCAGAACGACGUGUGUUUGUCACACUUCCCGAGGGAGAUGAAGCUCCCGGCUUUUGUGGUCUGUUGAAACGGACCAUGUAUGGCACCCGUGAUGCCUCAGCUGUAUGGCAGAGAUCGUACACAAGCCUGUUACGCAAGCACGGGUUUGUCGUGGGAAAAGCAUAUCCGUGUACCUUUUAUCAUGCCGAAGCCGACGUGAGAUUAUUGGUGCAUGGGGAUGAUUUCCUAGUCUUGGCAGACGAAGAUGGACAUCGCUUUGUAGACAAAGUACUGUCUGAAGAGUACGAGUUCAAGUGUGAUGGCCACAUAGGACCUGAGUGUGAAAAGGAUAGCAUGACUGUCCUGAACCGGGUCGUGAGCUAUGACAGCCAGACAGGAACUGUUACGUACGAAGCGGAUCCAAGGCACGCGGAAGCCCUAGUGCGCGACCUUGGACUGGAGUCUGCGAAGGCGGCCAAAACGCCAGCAGAAAAGAAAAAGGGAAGUGACCUGAAAGCGAUGCUUGAAGCACAGCCGUUGAAUGCCGAACUUCAGAAAGCAUAUCGGUCUCAUACGAUGAGGGCAGCGUUCCUUGCGCAG